GAAGAAAAACUCUGGUCAUCUGCGCCUGCGCAGCUCGUACAGCUGCGGUCAACAACACCAGUCAAGUUUUCAGCUACAGUCAGCAACGUUUUUAAUUAACAUGUUUAAGUGGAAGUAGAGAACUUUUGAUCAUAACAGAAUAACGUAACUUUCACCACUGCUCAUUUUAGUAAUCACACGUCACAAGUUUUGUUGGGAAGCUUGACGCUGACGGCUAAUGAGCUACCACAAGCAGUAUGCAGUAAACUGCAAGCUGAUGUUAGCCAACUCGCUAACCUCUAUGGGAAAUUACAGUUAUAAGCUAACAGGCUAGAAAAACUGUGGAAACCGGAAGUGCAGUGGUGCCCUUGCCUUACGAAAGUCACAACAAACUUUUAAAUUAGGCAUUGUAGAUCUAAUAUGAGUGACGUUUUAGCAACUGGAUUGCUUAUUUCUCGUCUCAAAUGUGUUCAGAAACCACUGGUUUCCCCUUUGGUGGACUGCUAAGGUGACAUAAGUGAAAGUUUGCGUAGCCAACUUCAUACAACGGAACCCUACUACGCAUGCUCAAACCCCAUUGGCUCACAGAACCAGUGGCCUCAGGAGGGAGGGCUGCAGUUGGACCUGGAUCCUUCUCCGCCCACGAUCCUGGGGAAAUUAAGGCUCGCUAGCUAAUGCUGUAAACCAGAAACAAACAUCUAUGAUCCAUUGUUUGUUUUAUAAUCUAAACAAAGAACACGUUUUCUUGCGGUGGCCUUGGUGGCAGUGGUGAAAAUUACUAUCUUCUGUUAUGAUCAAGGAGUUGAUACGCCAUAAGCAGAAAGCGUACAAUGGAGUGAGUUGUUUGUGUACCUCCCCCCUUACAAUACUGUGAAGUGAUUCGCUGAAUCAUAAAGUGAUUGAUAACUGGUUCAGGCGGCGUAUUGGUGAAAUUAGUUUUUGACUGACAGUGGAUUGUAAGCCACUGAUUGGCCAAAUAAAGACAUGAUUGACAGUUGCCACGCCCCCACAAAGUCCCCGGUCGGCAGAGAUACAAACUUGCUCUGGACGGUCUGUCCUUUCAUUCCAAGAUGGCGGACCUCCUAGGCUCAAUCUUAAACUCGAUGGAAAAGCCUCCAACAGUCGGCGAUCAGGAAAGCCGACGAAAGGCUCGAGAGCAAGCAGCGAGACUCAAGAAGAUGGAGGAAGACGAGAAAAGAAAGAAAGCAGAGUUUAGGAAAAAGAUGGAGAAAGAGGUGUCGGAUUUCAUUCAAGACAGUUUGCAACAGAAACGAAAAUAUAAUCCUAUGGGGAAGAUUGAGAGGAGUAUAUUGCAUGAUGUUGCAGAAGUGGCUGGUCUGACUUCUUUUUCUUUCGGGGAGGACGAGGAGAGCCGUUAUGUCAUGCUUUUCAAGAAGGAGUUUGCUCCAUCAGAUGAGGAGCUGGAAGCUUAUCGCAAAGGAGAGGAGUGGGAUCCCAAGCUGGCAGAGCAACGGCGCAGACUAAAAGAACAAGCUGCAUUGGAAGAAACAGCAUCCAGUCAGACAAAGAAGUCAGAGGCAUGUCCCAACUCCAACUACAGAGACAAGUACAGUCACCUGAUUGGCACCUCAGCUGCAAAAGAUGCAGCACAUACACUAGAGGCCAACAGUGCUUACGGCUGUGUGCCGGUGGCCAACAAGAGGGACACUCGCUCCAUAGAGGAAGCCAUGAAUGAAAUCAGAGCGAAGAAACGGCAGAAGCAAGAGGACGACACAGCGGCACACAGCAGCAGUUCUUGAGUCUCUGCCAUUUUUCAUUCCUGUCUACUGGGGUGGGUGUGUGUGUGUGUGUGUGUGUGUGUGUGUGUGUGUGUGUGUGUGUGUGUGUGUGUGUGUGGGUGCAUUAGUGUGUCUGUGUGCACAGUCCAAUUCAUCCUAUAAUGCAAUAUCCUGUACUUAAAAGCAUAACUUAUAUGGCAGGUGUUGAAUCAAGUAUGUAUGCCACUCUCUGUGUUGAAAUCAUGAAAUCUUGUUUGGUGGAGGUACUCAGGUGUGUCUGAUCCAGGAGGUGGAUUACUAUACAUGUUUAACAUUUGCUUGUGACAUUCUGUCAAUUAUCAAGCUUCUCACACACAUGAUUGGACCCUAUAUAGUAUGAGGAAAAGAAAUGUGUCCAGUGGGCGCUCAGCCACUUAAAAACACCCAACGAUUUUUAAAGGACAUUUUUUUGGCAGUGAUUGACAUUUUUGAUGUAGAUGUGCAUUUACAGUUCUAAGUGACAUUUUUAUCAUUAAAAUAUUGACAAUUUUGAGACUGGAUGACGUUUUGAAAGCAUGGCUGAAAAGUCCCACUCAGUGUUCCAAAUAUCCAGUGCAGUUUUUAAAAGGGAAACAGGGAUGCCGUCUAUUGACAAGCUUUCGGUUAAAUUAGAUGAUUUUUUUUUCUCAACCUGUUUCAGAACUUUGUAAAGUUGGAAGCAUGCCAUUUCCUCCAUUGCAAGAGGAAUCACAUUUUAGAAAAUGUGUUUUGUGAAUUUUAUGAAUCUGUGAUCAAGUCUGAGAUUUUCUUUGUUUCUAUACAUCUGCACUAACUGUGAAUUAAACUGUUACUCCAAACUAAAUGUUUUAUUAUUAAGCUAUGAUUGCUCCCAGUAGGCUUCAUAGUAGGGAGUGGAAGUACCAAACUCAUUGUAGAGAUAUUGGUCGCAACUCUUUUGUUUGUAAUUUCUUCAAGUAAGUUUCUUGGCAUCUUGAUGUCUAUUUUAACAUGGUUGCACUGUUUUAUCCCCCGAUGUGUGUUAAUAAAUGGAGAACUGUC